GUCGCAAAUCGUAUACUAUUAAUGGUUGGUAGCACUUGUUCUUCUACUUUCUUGUUUUUUUACAUUUAUUUCCACGCGUAUUCAUGUAAAAAAUGAAGGACAAGGCGAAAGUAGAAAACGUGUAUAUUGCUAAAAACAAUGAUUUGUUACCUACGCUAAUUACUUUUCAGAAUGGAAAAUUAUUGGCAUUGAACAAAAGUCGAACGAGAUUUUGGCGCUUAAAACGGCAAUUUGAUUCCGCUGAGUCCUCGCAGGCUGGAGCUUUGUUAGCCUUAAAUGGGCAAACGUAUUUUGGAUUAAUAAAUUGCAAAGAGACCAAUGGUUUAACAGAUACCUAUAUAUGCGUCAGAAAGAAGGCUAAAAAUACGCUGGCGAUAAUCCCUGUUGAUCAAGCAAGUUUAUCAAAUAAUGUUAUAAUUCAGACAGGCAACGUUCCUUCAUCAGAGAUUGAAGCUUUGCAUGGGGAUACUUUGCUAAAGAAAUUCGGAGGGCGAAAAGCAAUGAGAUAUAUAGCUGAUAAAGAAAAAAUGCACGUAAACGUAAACAUAGUACAAGAAGGUUUACAGGCGCAAGUCGAUGCAGAAACUUCAACCAACAACGAGGAAAACGCUGAUAACAAUAUCACAUACUAUGAAAGUAUAAGGCCGCGUUUCAAUUCUGAAGCGAAGGAAGUGUCUGAAGUUUAUAAAUUAACUGACAUAGUGCCACAGGAACUUUUGGAUCGUUUAGAAGAGGAAGCCAAAACAAUAUACCAAACUAAAGUGGACGAGAUACCUAUAAAAUCCGAAUACUUAUUAAGUAAAAUUUCUGGUUUGCAAGAAGGUGUUCCUAAUGCAGACAUUUUUUCACAAAUAAAAAUAAUACUGUAUAUGGAUUGUUUAUUUAAUCUCAUCAAAUCCAAGACGAGAUCACUCAAAAAAGUAGAGCUUUCUGAAAUAUCAGAAAAAGUGGAAAAUAUAGUACGUGAACGUUUUGCGGAUCCGAGCAGAUAUAGUGGCUGCCGUUCUGCGUUUUCCACUGAGAAGGCUUUGUGCCAUUUUAUCGUUUUGGCUUUGUUGUUAGAAUCGAACUACCAAGUCGAUGCUAAGAUUUUAUCACAGGAACUAAACAUGCCUUCUUCCAAGAUUGUAAAAUACUCUCAAUUAGUUCACGCAUUGCCCAAGUCACGGUCAUCAAUACUAACUUUGCGUUUACCUACAUCUGUUCCUUCAAUUUCUUCAACUUUCACAAAGAAACGAAGAUCUCUUACUAAAAAUUGA